AUGUGCUGUCGGUUCAAAGUUGUUGUUCUGAGGGACGACCUUUCUAAGGUGCAGGUAUUACAGUUUCUCAUUUUGAUUUACUACGUAAAAGAGACUGCAGCCGUUUACGGCAUCAUCAUCCUCAUUUUCAAACCAAAAGCUGUUACAUCUACCGAAACUGAACAUGUCGAUUUAUUCAAACACCGCUGGGUCGAAACACAUUGUCUUACGGUUGAAAAGCCAGUCGACACUGUUCUUUGGAGCAUGAACGGUAAAGAGAAUUUUGUUGCGUCUUCAGCAAAAUUGGUAUCUUCAGGCAUGCGAUUGACUUGGAUGGGUGGAUUGGACACAAAUCCGUCUGCGUCUCACACCGCAGAAAAUGUUGGCAACAGUUUUUCUUCCAUCUUUUGCAAUCUCAUUCCCAUCUUUCAAGAGCGAGCACAGCGCGAUCACAGCUGGGAUGUUGUUUGGUCAACACAGCUUCCACAUGCUCCGAAGUACACAAGAUACUCGCCUGAUGGUGCUUUUCUGGCUGUCAUGGGAGAAUAUGAUCACACAGUAAAGAUAUUCUAUGAAGAAAUAGAGGACUACUUGAAGGACGUGAGGGGCGAUGAUGAGUUUGAGGAUGAGCACUUUGAAUAUCGAAGUGAAGUGCAUUUGCAAUUUGUAGUAAAUUGUUUUGCAGUUAAUUUGGAAUAA